GUCAAAAUUUUGAAUCCAUCAGCAUCUCUUUCCUUUCUGGUGCCCACUGAUAUUUAUUAGAGCUACUCAUCAGUCUACUUGCCUAUUUUUGGAAUCCUUUUGUUUCUAUUCUCACUGACCUCAUUGGUCUGUUACAUUGUUUCUAAAAGUUCAGUACCCCAAUCAAUAAUUCUUGCAUAUACUCUCUCUUUUUUUUUUUUUUUUUGUAUAAUGUUAGCCUGAGACAAAGUUUAAAUUUGAAAUUUGUCCGAUUCAUUAUAGCCGACCCCAACUAGUUGAGACUGAGACGUAGUUGUUAUUGUUGUGUGUAUAUAUGUGUCCAUGAAUACCAAAUUUUCAAGAUUUUCUGUGGGACUGCUUAGACUUGGUUGAUAGAAUGUUUCACUAAAAGCUUGGUAGUGAAUUUAAGAAUCUCUAGAUGACAGUAGCUAAAUCAAGAAGCUCAGUAUGGAGCAGAGAGCAAGAUAUAGCAUUUGAGAAUGCAUUGGCAACUUAUCCUGAAGAUUCUGCAUUUAGGUGGGAGAAAAUUGCAGCUGAUGUUCCAGGGAAAACCUUAGAAGAAGUUAAGAAUCAUUAUGAACUCUUACUCGAUGAUGUGAGCCGGAUCGAGGCUGGUUGUGUGCCUUUGCCUUGCUACAACUCUUUUUCUGACAGGUCUUUGAGCCAUGGUGGUGAUGAAAGAACAGGCAAGAAGAGCGGGACUUCAGGGAGGUUAAACGGUGAGUCGAAUGAUGGAGGUAAAUCUACAAGGUUGGAUCAGGACCGUCGUAAAGGGAUUGCUUGGACAGAGGAUGAGCACAGAUUGUUCCUUCUUGGUCUGGAGAAGUACGGAAAAGGUGAUUGGCGAAGCAUUUCUCGGAACUUUGUCAUGACAAGAACUCCCACCCAAGUGGCCAGUCAUGCCCAAAAAUACUUCAUACGUUUAAACUCGAUGAACAAGGAUAGAAGACGAACAAGUAUAUAUGACAUUACAAGUGUUAAUGAUGGAGAUGUUUCAGUAUCUCAAGGUCCAAUCACUGGUCAAACAAUUGGUGCUGGAGCAGGAGUUUCUUCUGGCAAAUCAAACAAACAAUCUUCAAUGGCACCAAUUGCUCCCCUUGGAGUUGGCAUAUAUGGAACGAGCACUAUCGGACAACCUGUAACAGGAUCACUUGUUAAUGCGGUUGGUCAAAGGCGAAUUCAGGAUUUGAACAUCAUGGGUUCGAGUUCGGGAUUCUACCACAACCCAUCUUGAUUUACUGGGUUCAAAAUCUGUUACUUGUACUAUCUUGUUCAACUUUUUUGUUUACCACAUAUACAGAAUUUGAGCCAAGUUACAGGUUCGGAUUCCACCAACAUACAUGUCAUUCGGUGUCCAACCUCCAAUUCCAGGAGCAGUGGUUUGCUUGUGCUCAUAUAAACACGAGUCCAAUUAUGCAUACGAUGAAACAAACAUCUCCGUAUGGGUGACAUGUUUAGAAAUGGAAGUGCACAAAGAUAAAGUUUAGAGGCUUAUGCUUAUUCA